AUGGUGGAUUUGCUGGAAAGCACCGCCGUGUCGCCCGGAUGCGGUAGAUACGGACCGGGCUCCGGCUCGGGCAAUAACGCGAAGAAAACGUCGAAAAAGACGCGAGGUAGAAGAGGCAAGCGGGGCAGGAGAAGACGGAAUAAAAAGAGCAGGAACAACAAAACCCCGCCGCCGUUUUUACCCCCGGAGGCAGAAGAGGGGAACAUUGAGUAUAAGUUGAAGCUGGUCAACCCGACUCAGUAUCGCUUCGAGCAUUUGGCCACGCAGCUGAAGUGGCGUCUGCAGGAGGGCCGGGGGGAAGCCGUCUACCAAAUCGGCGUGGAGGACAACGGCCUGCUGGUCGGCCUGACCGAGGCCGACAUGAGGGCCUCGCUCAAAACCUUAAAGAGGAUGGCGGAGAAGGUGGGGGCUGACAUCACUCUUCUUCGAGAGAGGGAGGUGGACUACGACCUGGACAGAAACACCAGAAAGAUCGCGGAGGUGCUCGUUCGAAAGGUUCCUGAUGACCAGCAGUUUUUGGACCUGCGGGUGGCGGUGCUGGGGAACGUGGACUCGGGGAAGUCCACGCUGCUGGGCGUCUUGACGCAGGGCGAGCUGGACAACGGGCGAGGGCGUGCGCGGCUCAACCUGUUCCGCCAUCUGCACGAGAUCCAGACCGGCCGCACCUCCAGCAUCAGCUUCGAGAUCCUGGGAUUCAACAGCAAAGGCGAGGUGCGGGCACUCUCCGAGUCCAUCUGGCUGCAGACUGCAGGAAGCCAAGGAUGGAUAUCCAACUCCGCCCACAUCCGAGUCGGCCAUUUUGAUUACGUAACCAAUAGGAAGAUCCCAGGCAAGAAAAUCGUAAUUGCUUCAUGGCAAAAUAGACAUUAA